CGAAUAAGUGACAGAGGAUUGUUUUGCCCACACUCAAUAUGGCCGCUUUGGUGCUGGUACAUGUGGUGACGUAGCAGGACGAAUUGUUCAGAGGCAGAAAAGGGAAAUGUGAUACCGUUCAGGUGUUUGGCAAGUAGGGAGGCGAGAUGGCUACAACGCCAGGCGAGAAGAGUUCGAGUGGGACCAAGAUGUUUACUGGCAGACCGGAGAAGAACCAGCAGCUCGUGGAGGGAGCUAUCGUGAGGAUCAAAAUGGAGAACUUUUUAACCUACGAUGAAUGUGAACUCUUUCCUGGUCCUCACUUAAACAUGAUUGUUGGAGCUAAUGGGACAGGAAAGUCGAGCAUUGUUUGUGCCAUUUGUUUGGCAUUAGCUGGGAAAACGUCAUUUAUUGGUCGAGCAGACAAAGUUGGAUUCUACGUGAAGCAUGGAUGCCAGAAAGGGAUGGUGGAAUUAGAACUGUACAAAUCUUCUGGUAAUUUGGUUAUACGACGAGACAUUCAAUUUGCAAACAAUCAGUCCACGUGGUAUAUAAAUGGUAAAAGUGUAUCUCUCAAAUUCGUCGAGGAGCAGGUAGCUGCUCUGAAUAUUCAAGUGGGGAACCUUUGUCAGUUUCUACCCCAGGAUAAAGUUGGAGAAUUUGCCAAACUGUCAAAAAUAGAACUUCUGGAAGCCACAGAGAAAUCUGUCGGACCGCCAGAAAUGUACAGGUUUCACUGUGACUUAAAAAAUUGCAGGGAAAAAGAAAAAGAACUUGAGACUUCAUGUAAGAAUAAAGUUGAAUAUCUGGAAAAAAUGAAACAAACGAAUGAGCGCCACAAGCAGGAUGUGGCGAGGUACUAUGAAAGAAAGCGCCACCUCGAUAAAAUUGAAAUGCUGGAAAGAAAGAGGCCUUGGGUGGAGUAUGAAAAUGAACGUCAGCAAUAUGAGGAAGUAAAACAAAAGCGUGAUGUUUUAAAAGUGGAGCUUUUAAAAUUAAAAGAACAACUAAUUCCAAUGACUCACAAGAUCCAACAGCUAGAGAAGCAGCAGAAGGGCAUAGAUGGCAAAAUUAUACAAAAGGGGACAGAGAUUAAAGAAACUUCACAGAAGUGCAAGCAGAAACAGGAUGUUUUGGAAAGGAAAGACAAACAGAUAGAAGAAAUUCAACAAUCUCUAAGAAUGCGGAGAGAUGAGGAGCUGGAUAGACAGAAGAAAAUUGGUAAUAUCCGUAAGAUGAUCGAGGACUGGAAAAAUGAGCUGAGGUCUUUGGGGAGUCAAGAAAACCUUCAGCCGGAGCUGGAUUCCAUCGAUAGCGAGCUACGCCACAUUCAAGAAGAGAAGGCAAAUGUUGAAAAUGAAAUGAGUGACCUGCGCAUGGAAAAAGACAACUUAGAGAGAGACAGGAAAAAUAAGCUCAAUCUUAUUAAACAGUUUGAGAAUUUGAUGAAUCUAAAGGAGGAAAAACUGAGAAAAAGGUUUGCGGACACCUACAAUGCUGUCGUCUGGUUAAAAGAAAACAAGGAUCGCUUUCAGCACAGCGUUUGCCAACCCAUUAUGCUAGAAAUUAACAUGAAAGACCAACAACAUGCAAAAUAUGUUGAAAAUCACAUUUCAAUGAAUGACAUGAGAGCAUUUGUUUUUGAAAGCAAAGAAGACAUGGACAUGUUUCUAAGAGAGGUACGCGACAAGCAAAGGCUAAGAGUAAAUGCUGUUUGUUCUCCCCAAGAAUCAUUUGCUGACAAAAGGCCCAUCAGACCAAUAUCUGAUCUAAAACAGUACGGAUUCUUCUCAUACCUAAGAGAACUGUUUGAUGCCCCCCAUCCUGUAAUGAAUUACCUGUGCUUCCAGUAUCAUGUGCAUGAAGUACCUGUGGGGACACAGCAAACCAGAUCCAUGAUUGAAAAAGUCAUCCAGGAGACUAAACUUAGGCAAAUGUUCACAGCAGAGGAAAAGUAUUCAAUGAAAGUGUCUGCUUAUACCAACAAAGUUAUUUCUAGCAAUACGUCGCUAAGGGGAGCACAGUUCCUCACGGUCACUGUGGAUGCAGAGGAAAGGCGACAGGUGGAAGAACAGAUUAAGGAUAUUCAGAAACUGUGUUCUAGGGUAGACUCUCGCUUUGGAGAGCUGGUCGAGAGACAGAAACUUCUAGAAAAAAGAGAUAAUGAACUGAGACUGAGGAAAAAAGAAAUAUUGGAUAUGAAGACAAAAAAGCGACAACUAGAACAAAAAAUUAGCACCAGAUAUGAUAGCUUAAAGCAGUUGGAACAUGAUAAUAAUAAUUUAGAUGUCGCAGAGCAGCAAGCCACUGCCACGAUAAAAGAAAUCAGUGUCCAGAAAGCAAAACUCGUUACAGAGCUGACAGAGUUAAUAAAGAGAUGUACAAUUCUAAGUAUGGAAAAAGUUGAUUUGGCCCUUCAAAGCACGUCUGUGUUUUCCGAAAAGAACAGGCUGGAAUCACAGUACAAAGAAGCAACAUCACAGCAUAGAGUUCUUGAGAAUCAAUUCAGUACUAUAGAAGAGAGGAAACGUAACUUACUGGAAAGUUGCAAGGAGCUGUUAAAAAGAGCAAGAGAAAAAUGUAACCUGGGACAGAAUAAAGAAGUCCCACAAGAUUUUCAGAUUGCUUUUCAGGCACUUCCAAAUGCAUUGGACGAAAUAGAUGCUUUGCUGAAUGAAGAACGAUCCAGAGAAUCUUGCUUCACAGGCUUAAACGCUUCAGUUGUUGAUGAAUACAAUAAAAGGAAUAAGGAAUUACAAGAUCUGACAAAGGAACUUGAACAGAAACAAAGUGAAUUGGACAAUUACAGGCAAAAUAUUUCACAGGUGAAAGAAAAGUGGUUAAACCCUCUGAAGCAGUUGGUUGAAAAAAUCAAUGAACAGUUCAGUGGUUUCUUCCGUUCCAUGCAGUGUGUUGGUGAAGUGGAUCUUCACACGGAAAAUGAGGAAGAAUAUGAUAAGUAUGGAAUAAGGAUCCGUGUAAAGUUUCGAAGCAGCACCCAACUUCAUGAGCUUACACAGCACCAUCAGAGUGGAGGAGAACGUAGCGUUUCCACAAUGCUUUAUUUGAUGGCUCUUCAGGAGAUCAACAGGUGUCCUUUCAGAGUAGUGGAUGAAAUAAAUCAGGGAAUGGACCCAGUUAAUGAAAGAAGAGUGUUUGAAAUGGUUGUAAAGACAGCUUGCAAAGAAAACACUUCUCAAUAUUUCUUCAUCACGCCAAAGCUUCUCCAGAAUCUUACAUAUGCAGAGAAAAUGACAAUAUUGUUUGUCUACAAUGGGCCAUUUAUGCUAGAACCCAGAAAAUGGAACUUAAAAGCCUUCCACAAAAGACGGAAAAGAGUUUCUGCUAUGGAUAAUUGAAAAUAUUUGUAUUUUUAUGUACGUUUCUUUGUUCCAUGGUUGUUUUUCUAAGUUAGACAUCUAAUAUUAAAUCCUUUGUAAGAAAUAUAACCAACAAAAUAUGCAAUAAAAAUUAAACCUCCGUAAUACGAUGGCUAAAGCAGUCGACUUUUUUGAGAAAUAAUGUCCUGACAUGUCCUGAUGAAAGUCUACAAUAAAUAGACUGAAACGUUGACUAGAAAA